AAUACACGGUCCCUUUUAUAAACCUACACCUUAAAACGAGAGAGAUCUCGAGUAGUCUCCUUUCUUCUCCAGCGUCUCUGGUGUUUGGGUGCUUUGGAAUCGCGACCACAAAAAAAAAAGAAAGAAAGAUGUUUUUCCAUAUUGUCUUGGAGAGGAACAUGCAGCUUCAUCCUCGCCACUUUGGUCGCAAUCUCCGGGACAAUCUGGUGGCCAAGCUCAUGAAAGAUGUUGAAGGAACUUGCAGUGGCCAACAUGGGUUUGUGGUUGCCAUAACGGCGAUUGAGAACAUUGGCAAAGGGCUGAUUCGGGAUGGUACAGGCUUUGUUUCUUUUCCAGUCAAGUAUCAGUGUGUUGUGUUCAGACCGUUUAAAGGAGAGAUCUUAGAAGCUGUGGUUACAAUGGUGAACAAGAUGGGGUUUUUCGCUGAGGCUGGUCCGGUACAAAUCUUUGUUUCUAACCAUUUGAUACCGGAUGACAUGGAGUUUCAGUCGGGCGAUAUGCCAAACUAUACAACAUCAGACGGCUCUGUUAAGAUACAGAAAGAUAGUGAAGUGCGGUUGAAGAUAAUUGGAACCCGAGUUGAUGCCACAGAAAUUUUCUGCAUUGGUACCAUCAAGGAUGACUUCUUGGGUGUCAUUAACGAUCCUGCGAGUGUCUAGGAUCUAGUAUUGAUACACUUGCAAAUGUAAUGUAGUGAAUGAUCACCAUGUGGAACUUAUUAAGAGUGAGAGUUAGCAAGCCAACUAUUGACAUUAAGUCCAGUUUGUAAUGGUUAUGAUGAUCAGAUACUUCUUGAACAUUUGGUGAUAAUUUGAUGGAUACUUCUUGAA